AUGCGCCGUUUCAAUCUAGUUUUGCUGGCAACAGCCCAACUGUGCGGGGCCCGUCACCCUGGCUUCAGCAUCCACGAUGACCUCGUGGCAUAUCCCCAGGUUCGUCCGAUCCCUAGUUCAAGCCCAACAAAGGGAAGCUCUGGCAGUCAAACUGACAAUGUGCGCGCGCAGUACGAGAUAGUAUUUUCGGAAUCCUUCAUACUAGAACACGAAGCGCAGGCCUUACUGGACCGCGCGAACCCGCAUUCUACCUACUCGGCGGAGUUCUCGACAACCUCCGACGUCUCGCAGAACGUCCGGGAGGCCACUGACGCCGACAAUGGUCGCUCGUCUGAGGCCCUUGAGCGAUAUGAGCUCAUGAACACGGCUGCGGCAAAGUACCUCUGCUCGAUACCCAUUCUGGAGCCCCAAACCCCCGAGAACCACACGGCGACGGAGCUCGCGAAGCAGGAGGAGGCACGCGAGCUGGCAAAGGCUUCGGCCCACGGGUGGGAGCUGCUAGACGAGCUAGACGGCAACUGUCUGUACUUCAUGUCCGGCUGGUGGAGCUACAGCUUCUGCUAUAACCGCGAGAUUGUCCAGUUCCACGCCCUCCCGACGGUCUCCAACGGGCAGCCGCCCGUCCGCGAUCCCCACACGGCCGAGUACGUCCUUGGCAGGGUACAGAAGUCGCCCAGCCAGCGGCAGCAGACACAAGGCCAGGAGCAGCAACAAAAGCAGACGACAAAGUCAGGAAACCCCCCAGCCAACACGGAUCUGCAAAUCAAGGGUGACCAGCGAUAUCUCGUGCAGAAGAUGGAAGGAGGCACUGUCUGCGACCUGACGGGCCGCGACCGGACGAUCGAGGUGCAGUAUCACUGUGUGCCGGGCAUGAAGGGGGAUCGCAUAGGAUGGAUCAAGGAGGUCACAACGUGCGCCUACCUCAUGGUUGUCCAUACUCCGCGCCUGUGCCACGACGUCGCCUUCCUCCCGCCUAGGGCUACGAGCGCGAACCCAAUCAGCUGCCAGCUCAUCCUCCCCUCCGACGACCCCGCCGCGCAGGCUGAUUGGCAUCACCGGAAGACCUUGGAAGCUGAGGAAUCCAUGACCGGCAAACAGGAGAGUGCCGCGGCGACGGACGAAAAGGAGGCGGAGGAACUGUUGAAGCAGGCACAGCAAGACCCCAACGUGAGAGACAAUGCUCAGAAGGGCGUCAACGUGGGCGGCGUCAUCGUCGGCGCGCGUAACGUGCUCGGCGACGCGGACGAGGAGGGCAAGCCGCCGACCAAGCUCACGCCGCCGCGCAGCUACCUGCCCGGACGCGGCCACGGCCCGCUGGUUGAGAUCAUUGCCAGCGCCAAGAGCAAAGCCGAGGGCGGCGCGACGGAGAUCCUCGACGAGGACGAGCUCAAGAAGCUGGACCUGAGCCCCGAGCUUGUCGAGGAGAUGCGGGCUGAGCUGGAGCGCAUUGCCGGCGACAAGGGGUGGAAGCUCGAGGUUGUCGAGCAGCCGGGCGUGCCCAGAGAGAUCCAGGGCAUUGUUGACCACGGCGCAGAGGGUGAGGACGGUGAGGAGGCGAAGGGGAAGAGGAAGAAGAAGAAGAUUGUCGAGGGGGGCGAGGAGAAGAAGCAGCAGCAGCAGCAGCAGCAGAAGGACCAAAAGCAGGAUCAACAGCAGGAGGGCAGCGAGGAGCAGUUCUUCAAGGAGGAGCUUUAG